GCCACAGGCCUUCAAAGAUGCAGUUGUGUCAUUUGCCAGCCAAAUUAUCAUAAAUAAAAUUUAUAUUGUAGCCAAGAAUGAUCAAUACGGCUCUUAUUUUGAAGUCAGCAGUCUGUUUGGCAGCUUAAACUAUUAGAAAAGAAGAUUUCAGGGGAAGUUGAGACAGUACAGUGGAGCUUUCUUGCUGCAGCCAAUAGCCGCGAGAUAAGCAGCAUGGUUGAGGUGGAGGAGAAAGAUGAACACUCCUAUCCUUUGCUCACAGAUGUUGCGUCUUCAUCCACAGAUUCUCAUGCUUCUCUCAAAAGAACUGGGACUGUCUGGACAGCAAUUGCCCACAUAAUAACUGGAGUUAUAGGGUCAGGGGUGCUGUCACUAGCGUGGAGUGUGGCUCAGCUGGGGUGGAUUGCUGGUCCUCUGUGUAUGGUGGUUUUUGGGCUAAUAACUAUUGUAUCUUCAAACCUUCUUUGUGAUUGUUACAGAUAUCCUCAUCCUGAAGUGGGCCACAUCAGAAAUAGGUCCUAUGCCGAAGCCGUGAGUUCUUAUCUAGGGAAGAAGAGUAUGUGGGUGGCUGGAAUAUUUCUUCAAGAAAGCUAUUACGGAUAUGGGAUUGCUUAUACUAUAACAUCGGCCAUCAGUAUGAGGGCAAUUCUGAAAUCAAAUUGCUACCACAAGGAAGGGCAUGAUGCUCCCUGUGAAUAUGGAGACAAUUUGUUCAUAUUGCUGUUCGGUGCCGUUCAGGUAGUAUUCUCUCAGAUACCCGACUUCCACAACAUGGAGUGGCUCUCCAUAUUUGCUGCUAUUAUGUCCUUCGGCUAUACCUUCAUUGGGCUGGCUCUUGGUUUCGCAAAAGUAGUAGGAGAUGGACAGAUCAGGGGCGACUUUGGUGGAGUCCCUACAACUACUGUCGCUCAAAAAGUAUGGCUCUCGUCACAAGCAAUCGGAGACAUUGCUUUUGCUUUCACGUACAACAUCAUUCUUUUGGACAUUGAGGAUACUCUCAAAGCACCUCCUCCAGAAAACAAGACAAUGAAGAAGGCAUCAACUAUAGCUAUACUUAUUACCAGCUUCUUCUUUCUCUGCUGUGGAUGCUUCGGAUAUGCUGCUUUUGGCAAUGAAGCACCAGGAAAUCUGUUGACAGGCUUCGGAUUUUACGAACCAUACUGGCUCGUUGACAUCGCUAACGCAUGUAUUGUUCUUCACCUUGUCGGCGGGUACCAGAUAUACAGUCAACCAUUGUUUGCAGUAGCUGAAAGGUACAUAGCGAAGAAGCAUCCUAAUAGCAGAUUUGUGAACGACGAGUACAUAGUUAAGCUCCCACUGCUGCCGCAUUUCAAGUUGAACCAUCUUCGGCUAUGCUUUAGAACUGUAUAUGUUGCAUCUACAACUGGACUUGCAAUAGUUUUCCCCUAUUUCAACCAAGUUCUAGGAGUUCUUGGGGCCUUGAAUUUUUGGCCGUUGGCGAUAUAUUUCCCGGUGGAGAUGUAUCUUGCACAGAACAAGAUAAGAGCUUGGACAGCUCAAUGGAUAGUUCUUCAAGCAUUCAGAGUUUUCUGCUUGUUAUGCACAAUUUUAGCUUUCAUUGGGUCGCUGGAAGGACUUAUAAGCAGCAAAUUAAGCUAGGAAUUGGCAGUAUGAACUGAUAAAUCUGUGCUUUGCAUUGAUAUUCUUUUCGCAGUUUAUGAAGCGGAAGGAAAUCAUAGUCUGGUUCAGCUUAAAUAUCAACUCCAAUCUUCUGUAAUAUGAGAUGUAGUUACUAUAACUAGCUUAUCACACGAAUGGAUAGUUAUGAUAUGGAUGGAGGAAUUUCUCAA